UGGACACCUCCGCUUUGUUUUCGCUCACUCUGCUGAGGGCCUUAGUUUCCAGGCGAACUCGUUCCACAAUUCAUCAGUGACACACGCGGAAAGCAGAGACUAAGAAUUAUGUAUCGCUCAAGCCGUGUUUUGCGUUUUUUGGUUCGUUCAAAUGCACCGAGGCUUCAAGCCCGCAGUAUCACCGUUUGUAGUCGUUUUUCAAGAGAUUUCAACUUUCCGAUGAGCCCAAACGACAUGCCGCGUGCGGGUGGAAUAGCUUCAAUGCUGCGACUCCCUGUGGUAGCAACUGCCGAGGGAUUGGAUGUCUGUUUUGUGGGAAUUCCACUGGAUUCGGGAACUUCGAAUAGAUCCGGAACUCGCCUUGGCCCAAGACAAAUACGAGCAGAAUCAUGUUUGCUUCGCCCUUACAAUAAUGCCACAGGAGCAGCACCAUUUGAAACUCUCAUGGUUGCCGAUCUCGGUGACAUUCCUAUCAAUACAUACAACCUUGCUGCAACUGUGCAAAUCAUCCAUAAACAUAUUGCUGCAAUUGCUGGUUAUGGCUGUAUUCCUCUGGUUUUGGGAGGUGAUCACACUAUUUCAUAUCCAAUUCUUCAGGGAAUCAAGGAAAAACAUGGACCUGUUGGUUUAGUUCAUAUCGAUGCUCAUUCUGAUACAAAUGAUGUCAUGUUUGGAGAAAAAAUUACCCAUGGAACGACAUUCCGUCGAGCAGUUGAGGAAGGGCUGUUGGACUGUGAACGUGUGGUACAGAUUGGUUUGCGGGGUUCUGGAUAUACUGGCAAGGAUUAUUCAUGGGCAGAAGAUCAGGGUUUUAGGUUGGUGUAGGCUAAGGACUGUUGGCACAAGUCUUUGGAACCACUGAUGGCUGAAGUUCGUCAGCAGAUGGGAAGUGGCCCAGUCUAUAUAUCUUUUGAUAUUGACAGUUUGGACCCAGCAUUUGCACCAGGAACUGGAACCCCAGAAAUUGGGGGCCUCACCUCCAUACAAGGCAUGGAAAUUGUCAGAGGGUGCUUAGGAUUGAAUAUUGUUGGUGGAGACUUGGUUGAG